AUGGACGCAUUACGUAUUGCAGUCUAUAUCUUGAACAUGGUUCCUAGCAAAGCAGUUCCUAAGACUCCUUUUGAACUGUGGAAAGGCUGGAAACCUAGUCUGAAAUACCUCCAAAUUUGGGAUGAAAUUAGGGUAAAUAUCCCUUUACUCUUAACUCCUAAUGUUGGGAAUUCUCUUGUUGUUGAACCACUUAACAAUGAAGAUAACCCAGUGAAUGAUCAACCACUCCAUGAUGAAAACAUCGCUAGUAAUGAACUUGUAGUACAAGAGGAACCAGCAUUAAGAAGAUCAACUCGUGAGAGGAGAUCUGCUAUUUCUGAUGACUACAUGCCUUAUCUCAUAGAAUCUGGGGGAGGGAGCAUUAAAGACCCGAUUUAUUAUUCACAAGCCAUGAUAGAUGUUAGUUCUGAUAAAUGGAUUGAUGCCAAUAAUGAUGAAAUAGACUCAAUGGUUAACAAUGAAGUUUGGGACAUUGUUCCAUUGCCUGAAGGACACAAAGCAGUUGGGUGUAAGUGGAUCUUUAAGACCAAACUCGACUGUAAAGGCAUUGUUGAACGAUAUAAAGCCAGAAUUGUAGCCAAAAGGUUUAAUCAGAAAAAAGGCAUUGAUUAUUGUGAGACCUUUUCACCUGUGUCAAGAAAAGACUCUCUCAGAAUUAUCUUGGCAUUAGUAGCUCAGUAUGAUCUGGAGUUACAUCAAAUGGAUAUGAAAACCGCUUUUCUUAAUGGAGACUUAGAAGAAGAAGUCUAUAUGUGUCAACCUGAAGGCUUCAUAAUCGAAGGCAUUGCACUCUUGGCUAUGUGUAUCUCCUUGACGGAGGUGCCAUCUAAUGGAAAAGCCAGAAAGUCGCAGUUGAUUUACACAUCCACUAUCGAAGCUGAGUGUGCGGUGUGCGAAGAACGGAUUACACAACUUGGUGGCUCCUUGGGAAAAUUGCAUGGCGAAGUCGCCUCAAUCAAGGCUGGCUGCGAGAGCAUGUCGUCGCGACUUGGCGUUUUGGAGAAACAGAUGACAUCAAUUGCUGAAACUCUUUCACGCAUCGAAGCUAUUUCUUUCUCAGAUUGUGGUCAAGACAAAGGAAUCUCUUUGUCAUCACUUUCUCUACCUCAGGUACCUAGUGCUCUUCCUGUGACUGAUGGAACUACUAGAUGGAUAGGUUAUCGGAGAAUAUUUGGUGCUAUUGAGAAUCAAGAAAGUAUGUUAAAAAACGUGGAGAUGCCUGUGUUUGAUGGUCGUUUGCCGUAUGGUUGGAUCUCUAGAGUAGAAAGAUUUUUUCAAUUAGGUCACUAUGCAGAGAAAGAAAAGUUGGCAUUGGUUGCUCUGCAUCUAGAGGGAUCAGUGUUGAAUUGGUUUUACGGAGAGAUGGAGAAAGCACCAAUCUCUAACUGGUCACAAUUUAGGAACAUAUUUCUUGUUCGAUUUGCACCGGUCAUGAGUUGCUCUCCACCAGUAGUGCUGAUGACAAAGCAAUUAAUUCCAGGGAUUAGUCAAGAGGAAGAAUCAAGAACAGAGACAAAACUGAUGCAGAGAAAGGAAUUAAUGGAUGGAUUGCCAUCACAAUUUGGAUAUUUUUUGGAUUAUAUGCACUCUAAUUUUGUCAGUGAUGAUCUGCCUCAAGAAGUAUACAUGUUACCAGUGAAAAACGAGCUGGAAUUGGCACUACAAUCAUCAUGUAUACCGACCAAACCUUGCCCAUACAAAUCAUUCGAAAACCUGCUGCUGAUGCUGUUACAAAGAGAGACACAACAAGGUAUGCAGAAAAAAAUUCCAAAGACAUGGAAAUUUAAGUAUAAAGGACGUACAAGGCAAAGAGACAAGACAGCUACUACACAACAAGUUGGGUACAACUUGGAACGUGAAAAGAAGGAUUCAAAGAUUCAAAGUAUUCUGGGACAGUGGAGAACAAAAGGAAGUCACAUUCCUAGUUUUCUGCAGUUUAUUAUGAUGAGAUCUUAUUGUUCUAUUGGUGGGAAAGACACAAAACUGCUAAUUAUAAGACUACUUCAACUCUCUUUCUUGCAUCAACAUGGGGCAGUGAUUGUUUGUAUGUUUCCAGGACUAGUUGAUUGGGUUAGUCUGAUUCAAGGAGAAGCUUUAACUUGA